CUUGCAUGUGUUAGCGUGUCGUAGCUUUAUCUUAUCAGCCCCGCGUGAGAGUUGCCCCACGUCAUUGAAGGGAACUACCAUCCUGUGAGUCUUCGUCAACGCAUCUCCUCUGAAGAAGAUCAUGGGGGAAGAUGAUCGUUUGAGCAUUCAACGAUUCAUGAACACACUCAGGGUCCUUCUAUUGGCCAUCGAACAUCUGGUCGUUCCACGUCAACGGGCGCUCCCCCCUCCCCCCGCGGAACUAGUGUAAGGUUGUGGUGUAACGGCUCCUUCGUUCUCCCAAGACCAAGCUUGACGGCCCUGCAGAAGAUGCAUCUCAGGACCCCAUUCCGGCUUAUCUAUUUCAGAGUUUGCAUCACAACAUCGAAAACUCUCUGACCCACCCCCGCCUUAUUCGUCGUGUUCAGACCGUCCAAAACUCGUACGUAGUUGUGCUUCACGUAAACGGUGUCUCGACACCGCCUUGAGUGGUAGGUAGGACCCUGCUACGACGUGCAACGGGCACUUGGUUUUGAGGUUUCCAUCCGGAUUUUAGAGCCGACAGACCAAUAGAAGCUCCAGCCGAAUAUCUGCGCUCAUCCUGCAAGCAUCAUGGCACUGGGGAGGGAGGGAGCUUUAUCUCUGCCCCGCACUGCCAACGUCUCUGCCGUGGCCCUAGUCGUUACCUAACGCCAACACGUUAAUGGGUUUUCUACUCAAAACUGCAUCUGAUGCUUCCCAUUGACCAGUCCCGUCACAGGGAGCUCCUCUCGGUGUGGUCGAAACGCCGUUGAUAAGCUUGUGAGCUUGUCCUGAACCAUGCGUCGUGCUGCAAUCGAUCAUCACGCGUGGAGAAAAGCUGUCGCAGCUGGCGGCCAAUCUGCUUCCGACAAGACUUCGGGUCUUGCAGCAGGCCGAGACUGAUAAAAGGAUGGACUUUUCCUCCUUUCGGUCUUGUUUUGUUACCCCGAUCAUCAGCUGCAAUUUGAAGUUGCCACACAAUCAAGCCUCAACACAAUGGUCUCACGAAGCAUCCUCGCCCUUUGCCUCGCGGCAACCGUCUACGGCCACGGUGAUCACGACGACCACCAGAAGUCCAUAGCCGGACCCCAUAAAUCUCUCUGGUAUAACACUCUUCCUGGCGACGGUGGCACUCAGGCCGACUCGGUGUUCUCCGGCAUCUCGACUUUUGGCCGGCUGCCCUACCAGCCGUGUUUGGGAGCACAGGAUGUUAGAUACGACAUUGCCUUUAUCGGCGCCCCCUUUGACACCGGCACUUCGUACCGCCCUGGUGCUCGCUUCGGUCCUUCAGGAAUCCGUCAGGGCUCUCGCCGCCUGAACCUUUACGGAGGGUACAACGUACCAUUGGCCACGAAUCCCUUCAACAGCUGGGCUACCGUGCUGGAUUGUGGAGAUAUCCCAGUUACAUCAUACGACAACACAUGGGCCCUGCACCAGAUCGAAGAGGGUCAUUUCAACAUUCUGUCUCGCCAGCCGGCAACCGAUGCGGCAAAGAAGGGGCCUGCAAAGAACGAACGGACUCUGCCUCGUGUCAUCACUCUGGGCGGUGACCACACCAUCACCCUGCCUCUGCUGCGCUCCAUCAACCGCGCGUACGGCCCCGUGUCUGUAAUCCACUUUGACAGCCAUCUCGACACAUGGCGUCCCAAGGUCUUUGGCGGCUCCCCGUCCGAGGUCGCCAGUAUCAACCACGGCACAUACUUCUACCAUGCGUCGCAGGAGGGUCUCCUACGCAACGACUCCAACAUACACGCCGGCAUCCGCACGACGCUCAGCGGCCCCAGCGACUACGAGAACGACGGGUACUGCGGUUUCGAGAUCGUCGAAGCCCGCGAGAUCGACACGAUUGGCACCGACGGCAUCAUCAAACGCAUCAUCGAGCGCGUCGGCACCAAGAACCCCGUCUACCUUUCCCUGGACAUUGACACCCUCGACCCUGCCUUCGCUCCCGCGACCGGCACCCCUGAGACGGGCGGCUGGUCCACACGUGAGCUCCGCACGAUUCUGCGCGGGUUGGAGAGCCUGAACCUGAUUGCUGCCGACAUUGUCGAGGUUGCUCCCGCCUACGACACCAACGCCGAGCACACCACCAUGGCUGCCGCCGACGCCCUGUACGAGAUCAUGAGCAUUAUGGUCAAGCGCGGCCCCCUCAGCGCCAUGGUCAACCAGACUGAGGCCUAUGAGGAGUUGUAAGCCAGAGGCAUACAUGUGGGGAAAGGGUUGCGAAUAGAGCGGCGGGCUCACAGGGUUCAGUGAUACUGACAGCUGCAAUCAGUCGAGGUUUUCUGAUGUUGAUAGGCGUUGUCGGGAGUUAGGGUCGCCAGCAGAAACGUCGGUGGUUGGCGGUUGCUCCUGAAAAACGAAUACAUGUUAUUGAUGCCGAUGUAGCUCGGCGAGCUGCAAACGAAGAGAAUGCUUUUGCGAGCUGCGAUG